UAGAUUUAUCUGCCAACCGAUUCAUGGUUAUCCUUCCCAUGGAAGUAGGAAAUUGGAUAAAUCUAGAAGAAUUGGAUGUUUCUGAAAACAUGUUGUUUGGUAAGAUUCCAGUAAGUCUUGGUAGCUGUGUAAAAUUGGAACUUCUAGCCAUGAGGGGAAACCUCUUCCAAGGGAUCAUUCCUCCAUCUUUGGAAUCAUUAAGAGGCCUUGAGAAAUUAGAUCUUUCUAACAAUAAUUUAUCAGGCCAUAUUCCAAAAUUUUUGGAGAUCUUUAUCUACUUGCAAGUUUUAAAUCUAUCUUACAACCAGUUUGAGGGAGAAGUUCCAACAAAUGGAGUUUUCAAGAAUACAAGUGCAACUUUCAUCAAGGGAAAUGGUAAGCUUUGUGGGGGCGUACCCAAGUUCCAGCGUCCUAAAUGCAAAUACGAAAAAUCCAAGAAAAAGAACUUAACUCUUACCUUGAAGUUAAUAAUCUCCAUAAUUUCAAGGCUUUUUGGAGUAACAUUGGUUCUAUCACUUCUACUUUGUUGUUCUUUAAGAAAGAAAAGGAAAGGAAAGUCCUCAAGUGACUCUGGAAAUUUUCUUUUGAAUCUAUCCUACCAAAUUCUCCUAAAAGCAACUGAUGGGUUUUCUACUACCAAUUUAAUUGGUGUGGGUAGCUUUGGAUCCGUGUAUAAAGGAAUUCUUGAUCAAGGUAGACAAACGAUUGCUGUCAAGGUGCUUAACCUUUUGCGUUGUGGAGCUUCUAAAAGUUUCAUAGCUGAGAGUAAGGCUUUAAGAAACAUUAGACAUCGAAAUCUUGUAAAGGUACUUACAUCAUGUUCUAGUGUUGACCAUCAAGGUCAUGAUUUUAAAGCAUUGGUCUAUGAGUUCAUGGAAAAUGGCAACCUAGAUGAAUGGCUACAUCCAACUUCGAGAACAAAUGAGACUCCUAAGAAACUAAAGAACUUGAGUUUUCUUCAGAGACUAAAUAUUGCCAUUGAUUUUGCUAAUGCAUUGGAUUAUCUUCAUCAUCAUUGCCAAACGCCAAUUGUUCAUUGUGACCUCAAGUCUAGCAAUAUUCUUCUUGAUCAUGAAAUGAUUGGACAUGUAGGUGACUUUGGCUUGGCAAGAUUUCUUUUCGAUGCUACUCAAGAUUGUUCUAUUAAUCAAUCAAUCUCCAUCGGAAUAAGAGCCACAGUUGGCUAUACUCCUCCAAGUGAAUAUCAUUAUCAUUUAUUAAAUUUAAUUUUGUUUCCAAUUUCUUUUGUCUUUUACUAUAUUUUAAAAAUUUUCAAUAUUUUCUGCUUAUCUUAA